CCACCCUGGCUCCGGUCGAACCGUCAUAAAGAUAGCAGCCGUUGCAUUUCCUAAGAAACAAAAGUGAAAGUAGCUUCGCGCAGACGGUGUCCGGCCGGCAGCGAUGGCUGACGCAGGUUCUUACCCUCUGCUCGUCGAGCUCGAAGAAAACAGCUUACCGAAGUUAAAAAACAAACUCGUGAAAUACUUCCAAAGUAAGAAGUCUAACGGUGGAGGAGACUGUGAAGUGGAGUAUGAGGACGGCAGCAGGACGGCGCUGCUCCGCUUCCGCAGCGAGAAAGACCAGAGAAAUGUUCUGGCCAAAGCAUCACAUCAGAUCAGUGUGGGUCAAAGCGUCUUGAAGAUGACGGUCCGCUUACCCACAGAGGAGAAAACUACAAAGGAAGCGUCUUCUGACAAAGACAACAAGACUUCGCAACAGUUGAGUGCUGAUGAACACCACACUGAAGCUGAAGUUGAGACAGAAGCCGAAGGCAGAGAUGAUGACACAGCAGAUGAAGAGCUCUGCUCCACCUCAGCUGUUUUAGGAAAUGUUCCAGAGACGGCAAGCCAGGAGUUUUUGGAAAUGCUGGUAGAGAACAUUAUAUCCGAAAGCUACAUUUUGGAAAUCUUUCGUGACACAUCCUCUGCUGUGGUGACUUUCCAGAGUGGAAAAGAAAACACUGACUUCGUGACAAAAUGCCCCCAAAACAAAAUGUUCAAAAAGAAAGCAUUAACAGUCCGACCUCUCGAACUCACACAGCAAGUUGUUGUCGAAGACAUUGGAAGUUUUAACGAAGACAUGCUCCGCCUCUAUUUUGAGAAGAAAGGUGGGGAUGUGGAAACUGUGGUGCUCAAUGAAGUGGAACAGUCUGCCGUCGUGACAUUUAAAGACCCCAAAGCUGUUAGCAAAAUUCUGAAGACGAAGCAUUGCAUCAAGCAGCAAGAAAUCAGAGUUUUUCCUUUUUAUCAAUCUUUGGGAAUCGUCCUCUAUGGCAAAGACAAGCCUUCACUAAAACUUCCUGCCGUGAUCUCUGAACCCAUCGACAAUACCGUCUGGAAAUACCUCAGGGACAAUCAGUCAGCAGCAGAGACCAUUCGUAGUGACUUGGCAAAACACUUCUGCAACGUAAACCUCGACCAACCUACCGUGCGCUUGAGUCCUGUUUCUUCACUACUGCAGCAAAAGGAGGCCAAAAUCCUUAUCAAAGAGUGGAGGGAUACUGUGAAGUCAGCCUUUGCAAAAGCUGUGUCAGAAUUCCAAUCCCUGAAGUUCCACCCAAAGUCAGAUGUAUGGGAAGAGACUGAGGAGAAGAUCAGAGCGAUGCUUAAGAAUGAAGAUGCAGUUGUAGUGCCUGAUAAAGCCAAUGGUGUCUUGUCAGUGGGCGGUCCAGUGAAUAAUGUCAACAGACUCGAGAAAACUAUUUCUGAAGUCAUUGACAAUGUCGCAAAAAGGGUGCAGAGGGAGAAAGCGAGCGUAACACAAGAGAUCAAAGUGCCACCAUCUGUGUUCCACAUCCUGUGUCAAGAUGGUCUCAAGGACAAGCUUCUAUGUGUGUACCCAGAGCUCAAAAUGUCAUUUGGAGAAGACAGUUCCCAUUUAAAAGUAACUGGCAUAGGGGAUGAGAUUUUUGCAGCAAACAAAGUUAUAUUGGAAGCAAUGUUUGCAUUAAAACGGCAAACUUUAGAGCUAGAUAAGUAUGUUCUUGACUUGUUGAAGAAGGAGCAACAAGAGGAGCUGACAAAAGCUCUCCUCAUAUCUAAAGGAAUAAAUGCAGCCUUUGAGAUCAAUCCGUACAGAGUGCAGCUCCUUGCUGUUUCUGACAAAGACCUUAAUGAUGCUGAAGACCAUCUGCAACGCCUGCUGAAAUCUGAGUACAUUGAUGUUGAAGACACUAAUGUUCUGGAGAAACCAGAGUGGCAGUGCCUGGUCAGUAAGUUAGAGAGUGACAACAGUAAAUCAUGCAGCAGAACUCGAAUCCACACCACUAGUAAACAAGUCGUGGUGUCUGGCCCAGAGGAUAGUGUUAGAAAAGUUAGCAGGGAACUUGACAACUUCUUAACGCAGAAUGCUCAAGUCGAAGAAACUGCUGAGAUCAAGCCCAAUGUCAUCGUUGAAUACAUCAGAAAUCUCAACACAUCGUGGUUGGAGAAAUUGGAAGAUAAGGUGGUGGUGUCAUACAGAAAGGACGCCAUCUGUCUAAGCGGGUCAAGAGUUGAUGUGGUAAACUGCAAGACAUUGGUGGAAAACUUAGUCUCUUCUGUGUUCUUUGACACUUUAGAAAUCCCCAAGCCUGGAGGAAAGAAGUUCUUCCAGGAUAAUGAAACUAUGUAUGUUUCCACACUGAAAACCGAAACCGGUUGUCUGGUCCAGUUGGUUGACGAGACUGCUGAUGGACAGAAUGACUCAGCCCGUAGACAAGUACCAAAACCUGUAUACCAAGUUGAGACAACUGAUGGAGUGGAAAUAGCUGUUUGCAAGGCAGAUGUGUGCAGUUACCCGGUACAUGCAGUUGUCAAUGCUUCUAAUGAGAUCUUGAAAGACGAUGGAGAUCUUUCUACAGCACUUUUGAAUGCUGCGGGCCCUCAGUUGCAGGAUGAAUUGGACAGACAAAUUAGCUUGAAGGGACAGCUCAAGCCCGGAGACUGUGUCAUAGCUGGUGCUGGAGGGCAGCUGCGUUGCAAAAAAAUCAUUCACGCACAGUUACCACAUUAUGAUUCGGCUAAACCCCAAAAGGCUGUGGCGCAGUUAAAAAGAGCUGUUAAAGGAAGCUUAGAACUUGCUGAAAUGGAUGGCUGCAUCUCUGUUGCUCUUCCUGCCGUCAGCAGUGCCCUUCGCUUUCCCCUCAGUGUGUGUGCAAGCACCAUUGUCAAAGCAGUUAAGGAAUACUGUGAUGAGAAGUAUGAAGAUAACACCUUGAGGAGAAUUCAUCUGGUGAACAACGACGACAGUGUUGUCCAGGCUAUGGAGAAAGCCGUCAGACAAGAGUUUGGAAAUAAUGGUGUCAGUCAUUCUCAACAAACUCUUCCCACCACGUCUACCAAGUCUACGCUUGUGAAGUCUGCUGGAUCAACCCCUUUCUUGUUUCAAGUGCAAACUAAAGAGGGCGUGUGCAUCACUCUUACGAAAGGACACAUAGAGGCUGCGACGACGGAGGUGAUCGUGAAUACUGUGUCUGAAGAUCUUGCACUUAACAAAGGGGCAGUUUCAAAUGCAAUCCUGAGUGCGGCUGGAUCCAAACUUCAGCAGUUGGUUACAGCAAGCAACGCCAGUGGAACUAUCGGGGAAGUUGUUGUCACCGACGGCUGCAAACUGAAGAGCAAACAAGUUUUUCAUGCAGUUUUACCUCGUUGGGACAGUGGCAGUAGCGCAGCCAAAAAGACCUUGACUGGAAUCUUAAAGGAUUGCUUGGGCAAGGCAGAGGAUACUGGUCUGACCUCCAUAUCCUUCCCUGCCUUUGGCACUGGAAACCUGGGUUUCCCUAAAGACGUUGUCGUUUCUUUGAUGUUGGACAAAAUCUUGUCAUUCAGCAGUAAAAACAAGCCUAAGCACCUAAAGAAGAUUGUGAUUGUUCUGUACCCCAAAGAUGCACAGACUAUCCAGGUUUUCAGUGAUGAAUUUAAGAAGAAGUUCCCCAAUGCCUCUAGUGGUUCAGUGUCUACGAGUUCCACACCAAGUGCAGGAGGACCCUUCUCUAAAGUUGCCUCAAGCUCAGGAAUGCAUGAGGCUAAAAUGGGGAGGGUGACUGUACAGGUCGUCACAGGAGACAUAACCAAGGAGACCACUGAUGUCAUUGUCAACUCCUCCAAUGACGAUUUUUCUCUUAAGUCAGGUGUAUCUAAGGCUAUUCUGGAUGCAGCUGGUCAGGCUGUUGAAGCCGAAUGCCAAACCCUUGGUGCACAGUCCAACACGGACAUGAUAAUGACGCAGCCAGGUAACCUGCAGUGUAAGAAGAUCCUUCACCUGGUUGGUCGGACGGACCCAGUAAAAAUCAACGAGGCUGUGAAAGAUGCACUCCAAAUGUGUGUGAAAAACUACACUUCUAUUUCAUUUCCUGCCAUUGGCACAGGUCAAGGAAAUGUACAAGCAAGGCAGGUGGCAGAUGCCAUGCUGGAUGCAGUGAUUGAAGUGUUGAGCCAAAACACCUCCAGUACCCUGACUACAGUCCGCAUAGUUAUUUUCCAGGCACCGAUGCUAAAGGAAUUCUACAACAGCAUGCAAGAGAGAGAAACACCUGACCCAAAGCCCGUUGCAACACCUUCGUCUGAUCCUAAGGAUAAAGGGUGGUGGGAAAACAUUGGCUCCAAAAUCAAAUCAUUUUUUGUUUCCGAAAGGACUGAAAAGCUACAAAUGGAGGGGGACAUUGUCAUCGAGGGUCUACAAGUGGACCCUGCCUGCUUUCAUAUCUGCGGUGACACACAGGCUGACGUAGACUUAGCCAAGCAGUGGAUCGACAACCUGAUAUCCACAGAGCAAACCAGUGUCACGAUUUCAGACUACACCAUCAUUAGCUUCUCUGGUGCAGACCACCAGCAGAUUGUUGAGAUCCAAAAGACCUUGGGCGUCAGCAUAAAAACUGAAAUCAUAAACGCUCAAGCCUCAGUUACAAUUGAGGGCCUCAGCAAGGAUGUGCUCCAAGCCAGCAAUCAGAUCCAUCAGAUGCUGAAGAAGGUGAGAGAUGAGGAGGAGAUGAAGAGGAAGGUGGAGCUGGCUAGCACAGUGGUAGACUGGCAGUACCAGCAGCAGGGCUCUCAGUUUCAGAGUUUUGAUGCAAAGACCAACUUUGAGCUUGAGCGAGCACUGAAGAAGAAUCUACCAAAUGUAAAAGUCAAAGUCCUCGGUCAAGACUACACAGUCGCCAUGCCAAGUGGACCAGCCGCUGACAGCACGGGAAGCACCCUGCAGAUAAAGCGAAUUGACAAACUAAAAGAUGAAGAUGUAGCUGAGCAGUGGGAUACCAUGCCAGAUAACACCACAAGUCUCGCAGUCACCAUCACUGCUGGGACACCAGAGCACACUGAAAUCCUGAAUCUGUUCCAGGCCUCCUGCAAUAGAACGGUUACCAAGAUUGAGAGGAUCCAGAACCCUACAUUGUGGAGCAGUUAUCAGAUCAAGAAGCGUGACAUGGAGCUGAGAAAUGGCCAUCAGAACAACGAGAAACGUCUUUUCCACGGCACGUGUGAAGCCACGGCGACUACUAUCAAUGAACUUGGCUUCAACAGGAGUUAUGCAGGAAAAAACGCUACAUGUUUUGGCAAAGGCUCGUACUUUGCAGUCAAUGCAAGUUAUUCUGCCAGUGACACCUACUCCCAGCCAAAUCAAAAUGGGGAGAAACUCAUGUACGUCUGCCAAGUGCUGACUGGGGAUUACACCGUCGGCAAAGCAGACAUGAUUGCACCACCAGACAAGGGAACCUCGUCUGUUCAGAAGUACGACAGCGUCGUGGACAAAAUGCCCAACCCCAAUAUGUUUGUUAUUUUCCAUGACAGCCAGGCUUAUCCUGAAUAUUUGAUUACAUUCCAGUGACACCGCCAUGCACUGAGAUGACAAAAAAGAAGAUACUGCCUUACAACAUUAAAUAACCGUUUAAUAAUCACAACAUUAUUCUUGCAUUUGUUUAACAAUCUAGUUAGUUUAAACUCACAAUAGGUGUUAUGGUGUAACUGUAUUAGCUGUUUCCAGAUUUUAAAGAAACAGGCGAUGAUCACAAGGGUCAGUUGUUAGUAGUCAGACCUAGAUAGUGCCUUGAAAAUGUAUCAGUGAACAUCCUACAGAUUUAUCAUGCAAACAGAAAUCAGUCACAUUUUACAUAACACACUGUGAAAUUCCACUGAACAGUUUUUAUGACUCUUGGGAGACUGAUUGUAAGUAACAUCUCUGUUCCAGGAAAUCACGUGAUUACAUACGCCUGUCUGUGUGCGCAUAAAUCAAGUUAAUAAUCACCUUUUGUUUUGCAAGAAAAAAACUGAACGUUAACCGCUGUUCCAAUAAACAAGCCCAGACAAAUGAAGAAGCACA